AUGGUAUAUCAACCAUAUCCAGUUAGAAUUGAAUGUAAUGUAGCAGACCCAGAAGAUAAGAGAGAUGGUUAUAUGGUAGUAAAUCAAAGUAUUGAAGGAUAUGUGUCAGGAACAUAUCCAGUAUAUAUUCAAGCAUUCUCAGGAAAUACAUUUGGAGAAACUGAAGCUACAAAAAUGAAUGAAUUAAUCUUUACAGAUAGUAUCUAUAAGACAGUACUUAAUUCAGAAACAAAAGAAGUAAUCAAUAAGGAAGUUAUUAAAGGAAAUACAGUAAUAGAUGGAUCAUCAUUAAAGAAUGGUACAACAAUAUUACAAUUAGGACAUAUAGCAAUAGCCAUUAGAAAAGAUGAUUUCAAAUGUAAAUAUAUUUCAGGAAGUACAGAUAGUACAGGUGCUACUUUCAGUAUUAGAGAAGAUUGA